AUGAAAAACCACGACACAGCACUCCCAGAAAGAGUAAUGGAAUUGUGCAAGAAGGAGGAUACCAAGUUCUUUCUUCAGAUUCAAGACAUGAGAAAUGUCGACAUCUUUCAUCUGAGCCUGAUGGAAGUCCAGUCCUGGGAAAAAACACGGCAGAAAUUACUAAAACUGGAGCGUAAAUGUGCUUGCUUGGAAGAUGAGCUAAUGAAGCGUAAUGACGUGAUUCGAAUCCUUACUAAACACGUUAUAGUUAUGGAAACUAGAGAAGAGGAAAUGCAGGAGCAACUGAGGAAAACCCAACAGCAGCUCAAGGAACUUUCACAUGAGGAAGUCCAUCUGAGCAAGAAAAACAAAGACUUUGAGGAGCAGAACGAAAGUCUUAAUGCCUCGGUGACUGCUCUCUCCACACAAAUUGGCGCUCUACAAGUCAGAGAGGAAGAAUUGAGCUCGAUGCUGAAACUCAAGGAAAAAGAUGUGAUUGAAACAUCCACUCGACUUCUGGAGCUGACAGACCAACUUGAGGACAUGGAGAAAUCCUUAAAAGAAAGUUACACUAAAGAAAGCACACUCCAAAUAGAAUUGCAGGAAAAAAUACAUGAUUGCGCUGAAGCUAGAUGUUCCAUUACUCAAUUCAAAGAGCAACUGCAGCAGCAGAUUGCACAAAGCAACAUCCAAAGAGAGGAGAUUAUUCGCCUCAAACAGGAGCUACAUCUGCUCAAUUGUACCAAAGCAUCACAAGUUUCGACAGCAUUGAACAAUAUUACUACUGAUGAGGGAGAGAGAAGCUGGAAAGAUGAGCUGCUUGAACUGUCUCGCUCAAAGCAGGAGCGAACAAUGUCUGAGUUGAUGUGUCUUCGGCAGGUGUGUGAAAAUCAACGUAAUGACAUUCAGCUUUUACAGCUGAACUUGGAAAGUGCUCAUCAGUCUCUGAGAGAAAGAGUUACUCUGGAGAUACCAAACAGCCAAUAUUAUGUGAACAGAAGAUUAAUGGAUUUAGAUGGGUCCAGCGAUUUUUCUUUAAAAAAGAUUUUAAAAGAACUUGAUGAAAGUAGUUCAGAACAUGACCACAAAAAGCCACCUUGCCACCAUCCACAUUGA